AUGCGUGUGAGCUUUCUCGGCCCCUCAGGAUUCGACCAGGCGAUGACAUUCUAUUUCGCUCGCUUCCUUCUGCUCGCGUUAGUCCACGCAGAGCUUAUUCUAAGGUUGCCAAUCUCACUAGAUGUAUAUGAUCCUGGUAGAGCAGAUCUUUAUCUCAUCGCCGACAUCACUGUUGACGCUAUGAGUUUCCGACAAUUGGUUGAUACAGGAUCUCCUCUAACGUUCUUCAUUUGGCGCAAAUGGUACGAAAGUGUCAAGCCCGGUGGGUGUGAAACUAUUCCUUCCAAAUGUUAUGCGUGCCUUCCCGAGUGCACUCCUGGGCCCACAAAAGUCUUCACCUUCGCCGACGGUUCGAAAGUCACAUUGUUUGAGCAUUCGGGAACAGUUAAUUUUGGAGGGGAGGAGGUGGAGAACAUCGACUUCGGUCUGAUGGCGGGUUUCACUUCUGAUGGUUCGCUCCCUACGUCAAUACUUGGACUCGGGUACGCUAAUAAAGGCACGGCACCUUACGUACCGUUAAUCAAGCAAUUGGUGAACAAACCGAAGGCUCAGAGGCCCAUAUGGAAGAACAUGUUCUCUGUGUAUCUCAACUCUGCAGCUAAACCCGCUGGGGAACUCCUCCUCGGCGGGCAAGAUACUAUAAAGUAUGUCGGGCCGAUGGUAUUCGUCCCAAGUGCGAAGGAUGAAUGGGAUGUGGAACUUAUCGGAAUGAAAGUGGGAUCAAAAGGGGUCAAGUUUGGGAAGCCCAAGCCUGCUUAUAUCGACACUGGCGCCAGUGCCAUUUUUAUGUCCAAACCUUACAGAGAUAAAAUUCUGGAGUAUCUCCAGUCUACUGCGACCAAGCCUGUCAAGUUCAAGCCUUACUCAUUUUCAGUUGAGGUCAAUUGCGCUGAUCGCCAAAGCCUCCAGCCGGUGACACUGCUGAUGAAGGGUGUUGGUGGACAGGGUGUUUUCCUGGAGAUCCCGCAAGAGCAAUAUAUCAGGGUCCAUGAUCGCCACUGCUUACUGCUAUUCGCUGUGAGCCCCAUUGAUCACUGGGCCAUUGGCAACCUCGUCCUUCCUGGGCGCUACUUGCUCUUCGACCAGCAAAAUAAUAAGAUAGGUUUUGCUAAGACGAAAUAG